CACAGAUAGCCUUGAGGGUUACCUUGCCGUUUCCCACGAUUAAUGUUUCAGCUCGGGCAAACGAUCUUGUAUUCAACUCCUCAUGGUCCCGCAAAGGAUCGCAUAUGACUUUCGUUUUAAUGAGGUCCGUCUUAUUGUUCUAAGUUGAUCACCAUCAUCCCGGGGGUGGCCUCCUUUCACGCCAUCACAAUUGACGACACAUGAUUAGAGCCUCAUAGAUAAGUUCCUUUGACCUUUUAUACCGUCUGUGACAGUCGCUAAAGUGAGACAGGAUGCGACGAAACCUAUUGGACUGAGAACGUGGGAAACCCAACACAAGGGAAGGGAAACAUCCAGAAUUGCGUCGAGUCCACCAAUUCAUUAACUGCACUGCAUUUUGAUUCUUGAAGCAAGAAAGAAGGGAAAAUGUUGUCUCUCAUCAAAAUCACAUGUCUUACAGCUUUUCUGGUUUCCGAGCAGCUAUGGGCUAAGCCACUGAUGCUACCGACUCACAUCUCAACCACGGCUUAUGGUCCUGCUCUGUACGAUCCUAGCACUGGGCCAACAUGUGCCGAUAUCAAGCAGACUACUGCUCCUGAUUGUUGGUUAGCAUCAGUGAUGUGUGCGCUUGCCAAAUGUAAUGGAGGAUUCAUAACGUCGCUCAUUGUGGCUAAGACCCAAGUACACCCUGCAACCAGUUUGAGUGUAACAGGGGCAACAUUUAAGAUCUGGGAUCCUGAUACGUUGGUUGAGACUGACCAAGCAGUCGUCCUAGCCGACACUGUAACUGGAGACGGGAACGACGACUCCAGUAUCUAUGUCUGGUGGCCGAGUGCCUUGCAAGCGGCCGUAAAGAAGCAUGGAGGUUCUGGAAUUACGGAUGGAAAAUUCGAUAUCAAUGGUGGUUUCGGUUUCAAGGCCCUAUCAUACCUCACCGGCCUUGAAGCAUCCUGCGAGAUGAAUUCGUCUACUUGGUGGGGCAACCUAGUAGCGCACGUUGAUAGUACGCCCAUCGUUAUGUGUACAAAUAGCGACACAGAUGUUUUGGUCAAUUCUCAUUGCUACACUGCCAUGACGAUAAUUGACAACGGUGACUCGGAUGAUACACGAACCGUGCAACUUCAUAACCCUUGGGGAAACACCAAAAAUUACAAAUUCAGCGAUAUCAAGGAUGACGUUAAUUACCUUGCUCACCUCACACAGUGGAACGCGUACACUGGGUAGAAGCCUGUGUAGUAAAUUGGAAACUCUUCUGUCUGCAACUGAUUGUGUUACUCAAUUAUUCUCAUUGUUGUAUCAUUAUAAGCUGCUAGCCGCUAGUUGUUAGAUUGCAGUAACCGAAUCCUUAGGAACUUCUUUCGAUGUAGUGACAAUGCGUGGACGGAAGGCAGAAGAAGCUAUCAUUAUGUUGAUAUGGGAAAAUAAAAUACAACGUCAGAAAAUGCUUCGACGACGAAGAUUGUUGAUCAUGCAUCGCCG